AUGGUUGGUCUCAGCGUUGUCUUAGAAGCCCAGAAGGGUUGCGUUAACAAGGAGACUCCUCAAGUCAUUAACAAAACCACCAUGUUCGUUAACACUACCUACAAACCCUCUCCUCUUCCUCAACACUCUCCCUUUCAGCCACCCACUUUUCUAGACCAAUGCUUUCUCUGCGGGAAGAGACUCUUGCCAGGGAAAGACAUCUACAUGUACAAAGGAGACAGGGCGUUUUGUAGCGUGGAUUGCAGGUGCAAGCAGAUAUUUACGGAUGAGGAAGAGGCUAUUCAGAAAGACGAGUGUUGUGUGGUUGCGAUGAGGCCCACAUCGUCUGCGUCUUCCUCAACGGCUCGUCAUCACCUGAAAGGAGCAAGAAACCGUGCUGGUGCUUUUCCUUAA